UACAAAUAGUCCCUUUAAAAAAGAAUUGCAGUAUUAUGGGGUGUUUCUGUUAUUUUGUCCCUAUUGUAGAUUUUCAACAAACAUGCAAACAUUUACAAAUCUUUUGUUGUUCACACCACUAUGUGGCAGUCUCUAUUCUGCAGGUCCCUGUCAGUAGCCUAUUGGUUAAUGAUUUAUAUUGUUUCUUGUAGAGUUAAUGUUUUCUUAGAAUAUGCUGACAUGUGUUUGACAUGGUCAGUUGGCUCUCAGCCAACGAGAGCUGGUCAAAGUUAAACAUUACACACACAGUAAUAAAAUCCAACUUGUAAAGCAAAGUGUAAAGACCGGCAGGUACUGUAAGAAGCAACUCAUUUGCUGUGAAGACCGAGUAUCUUCUAACCAGACAGUAUUUAGAUCCAGCUGAAACAGACUGUGUGAUACUUCAGACCAAUGUCAGCUCUGCUAAGGUCCUGUGCUCACAGUCUCAGAUCUGUGGAUGGACUCAAACACAGCGAGGCUUGGAAGUUAUGCAGCACAAGUUUGCUCCAGUGGUGUCGGUCCCUCCAUGUGGACAGUCGUCCUCACAAACCCUCACUGACCAGCAGCUAUGUCCAUGGCACCUCCACCAUCUCUCUGCUCCCCCUGACUGUAGGCCAGAGCCUGGACUCCACAGUCCAGCGCUGGCCGGACCGCGAAGCUGUAGUCUUCCUGCAGGACGGCAUCCGGAAAACCUUUGCACAGUUUCAGCAAGAUGUUGACAAGGCGGCUGCAGGUCUGCUUGCUUUGGGUCUGAAGCGAGGUGACAGACUGGGAGUUUGGGGACCCAACACAUAUGAGUGGAUCCUUUUCCAGUUUGCUUCAGCCAAAGCUGGAAUUAUUAUGGUGUCAUUGAACGUGGCCUAUCAGGUGAAGGAAGUGGAGUUCACACUAAAGAAGGUCCAGUGUAAAGCUGUCGUCUGCCCUGCCCGAUUUAAAACCCAACAUUUCUGUGAGAUGCUGAGGGAGCUCUGCCCAGAGAUCGACACGUCGCCAUUAGGCAUGAUCAAAAGCUCCAGGCUGCCAGACUUUCGUAUGGUGAUUGUGACGGAUAGCAGACAGCCGGGGAUGCUCCACGUAGAGGAUGUGAUGCAAGCAGGGGAGAGUCGGCACCACAAAGAGCUGAUGGAUCUGCAGAGUAAACUGUCCUGUGAUGAGCCCAUCAACAUCCAGUUCACAUCAGGGACUACAGGGAGUCCAAAGGGAGCCAGUCUUUCCCACCACAAUAUUGUAAAUAAUGCCUACUUUAUAGGUCUCCGAAUGGGUUUUGGACUAAGACCUCAGGUGCGAGUGUGUGUGCCCGUACCUCUCUACCACUGCUUUGGCUCUGUGCUGGCAGGGAUGAGUAUGGCAGUGCAUGGUAUCACACUGGUGUUCCCUUCCUCUGGCUAUAACAGCCGAGCCAACCUAGAGGCCAUUCAGAGUGAAAGGUGUAAUAUAGUCUACGGCACUCCCACAAUGUUCACCGACAUGCUCAGCCAACCGGAUUUACACAAGUAUGAUUUGUCAUCAAUGGAAGCUGGCAUCAUGGCAGGUUCUCCCUGUCCUGCUGAGAUUAUGAGAAAACUGCAAACAGACAUGAACAUGAAAGAGAUAACAAUUGGUUAUGGAACCACUGAGAACAGCCCCCUUACAUUUCUGGGAUUCCCACAAGACGACGAGGAGCUGAAGAUGAAUACCGUUGGAUGUAUCAUGAGUCACACUGAGGCUAAAGUGGUGGACUCUGAUAGUGGGGAGAUUGUCCCUCUGGGGGUCCCAGGAGAGCUGAUGAUCAGAGGCAGCUGUGUGAUGCACGGAUACUGGGACGAUCCUGAGAAAACCAGAGAGGCCAUCUCCCCAGACCGCUGGUACAGGACUGGUGACACGGCCAGUCUGAACAGUUUGGGAUACUGCAGCAUUGAAGGACGCAUGAAGGACAUGAUCAUCCGAGGAGGGGAGAACAUCUACCCCGCUGAGAUAGAGCAAUUUCUCUUUACACAUCCCAAAGUACUGGAGGUGCAGGUGGUUGGAGUGAAAGAUGAGAGGCUGGGCGAGCAGGUGUGUGCUUGCAUCAGACUGAAGGAGGGCCAAACCUCCAGUACAGAGGAGAUAAGAGCAUUUUGCAAAGGCCAGAUUUCUCACUUCAAGAUCCCACACUAUGUGAUGUUUGUAGACAGCUACCCUCUGACAGCCUCUGGAAAGAUCAAGAAGAACGUAUUAAAGGAGGAAAUGGAAAAGAAAUUAGGCCUUUAAUUUUGUGGACCCUGAUGGAUUGUGUUUGAGUGCUGGGAAAGUCCGAAACUGAGCCAAAAGUUAAUACUUCCUUUACCGAGUAGUGAACUGGGACUAUAUUACUGAUCUGCUGCUGGAUUGUACUUGAAAUUCUUCUGCUUUUACCUCACAUUUCACUCCUCAUUACUUUGCCGUCUAAAUGUUUACAGUGAGCCUGAAGUGGUUGAAUGACAUCUGAACGCCAUCCACUAAUGAAGGCCACAAGAUAUGACCGAAAGCUUUGGAAAAUGUUUAGCAACUUUGUACUGUAUCGUCUUUAAUUAAACGUUUUGGACCCAAACUACACAACA